ACGAAAAGUCGGGCUGAAAUGUCACAGGACACGAGGCGAGCGCCGCAACAUGAAAUGGCGCUCGACACCGGCGGCGGCGGUGCAGGCGCAGCCGGCCUGGCUGCUCCGGGUUCCGGUCCGGGCGGAGGCGGCAUUCCUGGUAGCCUGAUCGGCGGCGGCGGCGGACUCAUGAUCUCCAGUGGCGUCAUAGGCCCUUCCGUGGCGGCCGAAGGAGAGCCUCCGACUGCCAUGGACCAAGGCGGAGUCGGCGAUGGUAUUUCUUUGACUUCUCUUAGAUCGCAGGAGGCGUUCCAGCAACAAAUCAUGCACUUAAAAAUGCAAACCCAACUACAGCAGCAAAAACUAUUAGAAGAUUUCCAAGUGCGACAGCAACAAAUCAAUGAAGAGUACGAGCACAGGCUCAAACUGCACCUCAAGGAAUUGUGGGAGCAGCAGCAAGCCCAGCAGGCUCGUGAAAGACAAAUAGAACAGAUGCAACUGCGUCAGCAACGUCAGCAGAAGCAUAAUGACCAGCAAAGUCAUGGCCUUAAGGCCACUUGCCCUAAUAGUGGUUCAACAAGUUCCUUAACUGGAAUAAGCAGUGGUAGUACAAAUUCAAAUAAUGCAGCCAGCAGUGAAGUUAAACAGAAACUGCAGGUAUUCCUGAUGAAAAAACGCGAGCAGGCUCGUGAAAUGACCAAUGGUUCUGUAAGUCAAACUUCUGGUGGAUCUGGAGCAGCAAACUAUCGUAACUGGGGAGUGGUAAAAAGCUCAUCUGGUGAAAGUUUGGGUUCAGGUCCAUGCCAGUCGACGCAUCCUUACCGACUUCCUGGUUCUGCACACAGUAGUACCAAUAGUGGAAGUAUGAUCUCAACUUCUAACUCGAAUUCAAGUCUUAAUCAUAUCUCGUGCAGGAGUCAACAGUCUCCGACGCAGGCAGGUCCAGGAUCGGGAGACUUCCCUUUGAGGAAAACAGCGAGCGAGCCGAAUCUUCUUAAGGUUCGCCUGAAGCAGCGCGUUAUAGAGCGAAGGGCCGGACCCAUGUCGACCCAUCUGCAGGCCAGGGCCAGGCACGAGAGGCUGCUGGCGGGCAUCAGGCACCGAAAGAAUCCGGCGCUGGCAAAUUGUGCCAUAAAUAAUAGCCCGGAGUCAGGGCCUAAUUCGCCACCAGCCCUUGCCAGUAGAGGGUCACCGACAAGUGCACCUAUACAAGAGGAAAACGAGGAACCCAAUUCGUCCGGCCACAUGAGUGGAACCAACAGUAUGGGAGGCUACGGGGUGCUCACAAAUAGCCAUCAGGGCUCCUUAACGGAUCUGUCACUAUUCAGCAGCCCUUCUAUGCCUAAUAUCUCAUUAGGAAGGUCUCAUAUCCCUCACCAUUCGCAGUCAAGUACAACAGAAGCUGCAGUACUGGCUGCUGUCGCUGCAGCCCGUUUGGGCGCUCCUUUGACAGGGCAAUUGCUAUCUGGAGUGCUACCUUAUUACCCAACCUUACCUGUUAUUGAAGCAGAACAGCCCCCAGAAGCUGCUGCUCCAGCACCUACACAAUUGCCUCACCAUCAACAACAACCUAUUACAGAUGCACAGGUUGCACAUCAUCAUCUAAACAAGUUAUCAGGGCACCCUCACACACACCGACCGCUGGGAAGAACCCAAAGCGCACCUUUGCCUCUGGGGCAUCCAAUGCUUCAGGGGAAUCCCACAAGAAUGCCUCAGGCUCCUGCGCCACCUCAGCCAGCGAGUCAUGGACCCUAUAACACCCAGAUGGACCACACGUUGUUGAAGCAACAUAUCAGGCAGACAGUUCUUACACGAGCUGCUGGUAUCCAACAGCAGCAACAGCAGCAGAUGAUGCUGAAUCAGCAACAACAGCAAUUGCAAAAGCAGCUGUCUAGCAGCAAUAGUAGCGAAUCGGAGAUCAUAGAUUUGACAGAGAAGAGUAGACGAGCCAGGUUAAGGGAUGAAGAUGCUGAAAUGGUUAAUGCCCAGGAUACUCACUCGGCUCUCAGGCCGCGACCUGAUCCAACCAGGCCAUUGUCCAGAACACUAUCUAGUCCACUGGUUCACGUUGGAAGAGGUUCUCGGUCACCAGAACCAUUAGAACCACGAGAAUCGCAAGAGGCUCCUUAUUCUGCGCCAACUACUGGUUUGGCAUAUGACAGCAUUAUGCUGAAACAUGCUUGCAGAUGUGGAGAUAAUAGCAGACAUCCAGAACAUGGAGGUCGAUUGCAAAGUGUCUGGGCACGACUGCUGGAAACCGGGUUGGCUGCCAGAUGUUCUCGUUUAAGAGCACGCAAGGCUACACUUGAUGAACUCAGACUUUGUCAUACUGAAGCACAUACAUUGAUGUUCGGUAAUUAUAAAUAA